GCUAGCUGUAAUAAGAAGCAAAAUAAGGAUAGUAGUUUAAAUUAAGUAAAGGAUUUAUUAAAUAGGAAAAUGGCACGUAAAGGACAAGUAUCUAUACAAGAUACUGUAGAAACGAACGAGGAGUUCCAGGAGUAUUUGUUAGAACAUAUGGAUCAGCUUAUAUGUAUGGAAGUGUACUCAGACUUCUGCGGCCCAUGCCUGGCCACCAAUAAUGCUAUCAGGAAGGGCAAGCUAGAAAUAGGCCAAGAUAGGAUAGCUAUGGGAAAGGCAUUGGCUGACCAAAUAGAUGUCUUAGUAAGGUUUAGAGGCAAGAGCGAACCAGUCUUUCUUUUUAUAGUUAAGGGUAAGCUGACGCGGGCUAUGUUCGGCGCAAACGGCAUCGAGCUCUGCCGAAUCAUCGAGGAGGAGCUCGCCUUCAUGAAGCAGGAGUUGGAGACCGGCAUAGAGCGACCCAAGCAGCCCAUUGAAGAACUUCUGCCUGAAGAGUCUGAAAAGAUAGAAAUGGAAUUAAAGCAAGAAGAAGAAGCACAUCAGGCGAGAGAACGUAUACGCAUCCUAACGCUGGCCGCCCGCAAGAAGAGAGUUGCCGAGAGGAUGGCCAAGGACCUCACGCAGCUCAACUACAUCAUAUACUGGCCACACUGCCACCAAGCGCAUGUCGAUCUUUACGAGAAAUGGGAUCUUAUUAACAUCCAGGUGGGCGCUAAGGAGACUAUACAGCUGACGGAGGAGAUGGUGCCCGAGGCGUUGUACAUGAGCGACGUGGAGCCGAACGAGGCCUGUGUGCACGCUCUGCUCUCCGGCGAGGUGCUCGUCGUGCUCUUCAAAAUGUUUGACACAGAUACAAGGAACUUUGUCAAGCUACUCCGAUACACGUUGUACGAGGAGAUUCCGGUACCGAAGGAAGAUGUGCCGCCGGAGAAGCAGGUGCCGCUAGUGCCAGCCUAUGAACGCUAUGCCGCCGUCAGCAAGACAGCGCGUGAGGUGCGUCGACAGCGCUACGAGGCCAAGCUCGAGAAACUGCGUUUAGAAAAAGAAGAACAGGAAAGAUUAGCAGCAGAGCAAGCACGGCUAGCCCGAGAGGCAGAAGAGGAGAGAUUGUUCCAGGAGAAGAAGCGGAAGGAAGAGGAGAGGAUGGCUAGGAUACAAGCUGGGUUGCCUGCUGAGCCUGAACCGGAACCGGGCGAGGAAGAGGUAGAAGGGGAAGGUGUUGGAGAAGAAAUCGUUGAGGAAGAAGCUCCGGAGGUUGUGGAAGAAGAGCAAGAAGACCAUGAGAAGGUGGUGGAAGAAGAGGAGGUUUUCCACUCCGAUGUGUCGGUGGAGGGAGAGGACUACAUUCCUCCGGGAGGACUGUUCGUGCCGGGACUAUACGCGCCACCUAACGAACUGGCAAAAGCUAAUGGACUUGCUUUCUUUUUUCCUAAAGUGGUGCAGCAGAUAACUACGCUGGAGUCGGAACAUCUGCCGCCGCACGUGCUAGUUAUGUUCUCUGUGGACAAGCGGCACGAGGUAAAAGAUGCCAUGAAGCAGUUCCCAGGAGAUAUCAUACAGGCUGGUAUUUUUAUGGGAGAAGACCCUUACGCUAUGGAGCACGUCGCAUUCACCAUAAAGCAGUACGACCAGUUGACGAGGCUGAGGAAACAUCGUGACCGUUUAGCGCUGAUGGUCUCUCGGAAGCGUAGCAAUGCUCUUCUGACCCUGGCGGGGCUGAACCCGUGUUAUAUAAGCAGCGAUUUAGAGUCUGGCGAGAGAGACUGCCUGGCAAUGUUCCCUGUGGGCUACGGUGAUGAAUAUGUUGAGGAGGAGAGUGUCGUCGAAGAGGAACAGGUUGUGGAAGUGAUACCACCAUCUGAACCGGAACCGGAACCAGAGCCAGAUGCGGGACCUGAACCUGAUCAUGAAGACGAUGACGAAGAGGAUCACGGUGACGAUUGAAAUUAUUGAUGUAACGAAUUUCAUUUAUU